AGCCUUCAAAAUAAUUCAGUGAUAAAUGAGACUGCAAUUGCAAUUUGACCUGCGGUUCCCCGACCUUUAAGAAUUGGAUUUUCAGCGAUUUGGGACCACCGAUCUAUAAAUCUGCUCCACCCGUCACUUCCUUUUCAACUGCAACACUGCUUCUCCAUUCCUCUCAACCAUGACUCUCAAAGUUAUCCAAGUUUGUUCGGUGGCACCACUUCAUGAACCAACCCUUGUUCCAACCUCUCUUCCACUAACCUUCUUCGACCUUUUAUGGCUUCGAUUUCCACCAGUUCAACGUCUCUUCUUCUAUCCUUUCCCACACCCAACCUCUUCAUUCCUUCACUCUCUUCUUCCCUCUCUCAACCACUCUCUUUCCCUCACUCUCCAACACUUUCUCCCUUUCGCCGGCACCCUCACAUGGCCCUCCCACUCUCCCAAACCCAUCAUCAACUAUCUCCCCGGCGACACUGUUUCCUUCACCGUUGCUGAGUCCGACCAAAACUUCAACCUUGUCUCCUCCCACCUCUGUGAAGCAUCACAACGUCAAGAUUUAGCACCCCACUUGGCCAAUUCCCAUGAUAAAGCAUCUCUGUUGGCUGUUCAAGUCACCGUGUUCCCAAACGCUGGCUUUUGCAUUGGAGUAACCACACACCAUGCAGCUUUCGACGGAAAAUCUUCAUCCAUGUUCAUCAAAGCAUGGGCCUAUUUAUGCUCUAACCUUCAAAACCCUUCAACACCAACACCAUCCUUACCUCAGCAUCUUACACCUACGUUUAACAGAUCAUUGAUUAGAGACCCUUCUGGACUCGCUGAACUGUACGCGAACCAGUGGAUGAAUCAUAACGGUUCGAAUAACCGAAGUCUCAAGGCGUGGGAAUCUCUCACGGAAACACCGGGUGAUGGACUCAAAGGUUUGUUCGAAUUGACCCCUUCACAGAUCAAAAAGCUCAAACAAAAGGGAAACUCUAAGGUGAAAGUGGCUGUUCAUCUGUCAACGUUUUCUGUUACGUGUGCGUAUGUGUUAGCGUGUUUGGUCAAAGCGAACAAAGUGAAGGAAGAAAAUGUGCUGUUCAUAUUUUCUGUUGACUGUAGAAUGCGCUUGGACCCUCCAAUUCCAGCCACGUAUUUUGGAAACUGCGUUAGAGGGCAAUUUGUUGUGGCUUUGACUAAGGAGUUGGUGGGAAAAGAUGGGUUCGUUUGUGCUUUGGAGGGGAUAGUUGAGGCAUUGAAUAGGGUGAAGGAAGAGGGAGUGUUGAAUGGAGCAGAAAGAUGGGUUUCGAUUAUGCAUGAUCCUGGGAAGAGUAGAGUAAUUUCAACUGCUGGGUCUCCGUUGUUUGAGGUUUAUAGCAUUGAUUUUGGGUGGGGAAGACCAAAGAAGGUGGAUAUGGUAUCCACAGACAAAACAGGAGCGUUUUCUCUGAGUGAAAGUAGGGAUAUCAGUGGAGGAAUUGAGAUUGGAUUGGUGUUACCAAAGAGUGCGAUGGAAGAUUUUGCUACCAUUUUUGUUCAAGGACUUGAUUUCCUUUAAAGGUUAAGUUUCAUUGUUCUUAGAAAAAGGCAAUCUUUCCGUCUGAUUAUGUUGGAUACAGCACUUUUACCACUGAUAAGAGCAAAUAUAUCUGCUCCCUUUAUUUAUCUGUUACUUUAGUUUGACAAAUAAAUGAAAGUUGCUGCGUAGAGAAAAUUAACUUGUUCUAUGUUUUAGGAAAGUUGAUUCAAUAAUGCAGUCAUAUGGCAUAGAUAGAGACUCUCCUUUAUUUGGUGAUACUAAUACUUUAGCCUAAAAUAUGCUUUUGUUGAAUUACUUUUAUUUUUCCACGUUUUGCAAUGAAUAAUGUUUGUUGUCUUCUGUCA